GUUUAUUCUACUAGCUUUUCAUAAUGGCCUCCCCACUCAUCACAAGGACAUCAGCUGCAUUUUUACGUUCUACACAACGACCUCUCGGUAUUUUUGCACGAUUCAACUCUUCUAAUUCUAAAGACAUUCAACAUUUGGCUCAAGAGCCUCUCAGGACUGUAGAAAACCUUUCAGGAGCACCAGAGGAAUUAUUGGACAGAACUGUUCGAAUUUUCAGACCUGCUCGUUCAUCUCCUCAACAAGGUAAAAAUGGUACAAGACUUUGGCGUAUCGAAUUUGAUAUUUUAGAAGAAGGAAAUAGAUGGGAAAACCCUUUAAUGGGUUGGGCUUCUAGUUCGGAUUAUCAACAAGCUUUAGCAUUGAAGUUCUUUUCUAAAGAAGAUGCUAUUCGUUUUGCCGAAAGACAAGGAUGGAAUUAUUAUGUUCAGGAACCUAAGGUUACAAAAUUCCUUAAGAAAUCAUAUGCUGACAAUUAUCUUUAUUCACCUACAAAAUUAAGAAUGAUCAAAACCAAAUAAAUUAUUUUAUUUUCUUUUCUUUUCUUUUUUAUAAAUGA